GUAACCCUUUCUUCUUCUUCUUCUCUCUCACUGUCAACCCUAAUUCAUUUCAAUCCUUCAGUAUCAUGCACACAUAAAAUUUUGUUUGUUCCCACUUGUUAUAUCUAUAUCUCUAUAUAGGACUUACGAGAAACCCGACACUAUAUUAUUGCCUUUCGUGGAUCAUUGGCAAGUCAUGUUUCGUGGAUCAUUGGCAAGUCAUGUUUAUCCUGUUUGCCAACAAACUGAGAUUCAGAUACCCUUUAAAAAUCCCACUUUUAGGUCUCCUUUGUUGUGUACACACUCGUUCCUUGUGUCCUUAUGUGAAACCCAUCAAUUGGAACACCUCCCACAGCUUCGUUCGAAACAACCCUCUCCUUUCUCUCUUAGAAAGGUGUCAGUCCUUGCUCCAGUUGAAGCAAAUCCAGGCCCAGAUGAUCCUGACUGGCUUCAUUAACGACAGCUUUGCCGCAAGUCGUCUUGUUACAUUCUGUGCUUUAUCUGAAUCGCAGGCCCUUGAGUAUUGUACCAAGAUCUUGUAUUGGAUCCCAGAACCAAAUGUAUUUUCUUGGAAUGUGACAAUUAGGGGAUUUGUGGAAAGUGGGGACUUAGAAGGAGCUGUUUUGUUGUACAAGAGAAUUUUGCAAUCUGGUGUUACGAAACCAGAUAAUCAUACUUAUCCUUUCUUGCUCAAGGCUUGCUCUUUCCCAUCUAUGAAUUGUGUUGGUUAUACAGUACUUGGACAUGUGUUGAAGUUUGGAUUUGAAUUUGAUAUAUUUGUGCACAAUGCAUCAAUAACUAUGUUACUCUCGUAUGGAGAGUUGGAGGCAGCGUAUGAUGUGUUCAACAAUGGUUGUGUGAGAGACUUGGUAACAUGGAAUGCCAUGAUUACGGGAUGUGUUAGAAGAGGGCUAGCUAAUGAGGCUAAAAAACUCUAUCAGGAAAUGGUGGGAGAGAAAGUGAAACCAAAUGAGAUUACGAUGAUUGGGAUUAUUUCUUCUUGUUCUCAACUGCAGGAUUUGAAUCUCGGUAGAAAAUUUCAUCUUUAUGUCACAGAACAUGGCAUUGAGUUGACAAUCCCACUCAGUAAUGCACUUAUGGACAUGUAUGUCAAGUGUGGAGACCUGUUGGCUGCACGAAUUCUAUUUGAUAAAAUGGCACACAAGACCAUUGUUUCAUGGACGACAAUGGUUUUGGGGUAUGCUAGAUUUGGUUUUCUGGAUGUCGCUCGGGAGCUUUUGUAUAAAAUUCCAGAAAAGAGUGUUGUGCCUUGGAAUGCAAUCAUCAGUGGCUGUGUCCAAGCUAAGAAUAGUAAAGAGGCCCUGGCUCUGUUCCAUGAAAUGCAAAUUAAGAAAAUCAAACCUGAUAAAGUUACCAUGGUUAACUGUUUGUCUGCAUGCUCACAACUAGGAGCACUUGACGUAGGAAUAUGGAUUCACCAUUAUACUAAAAGGCAUAGUAUUUCUCUCGAUGUUGCAUUGGGAACUGCACUAGUUGACAUGUAUGCUAAGUGUGGAAAUAUUGCAAAGGCUCUCCAGGUUUUCCAAGAGGUUCCUCAAAAGAAUUGUUUGACCUGGACAGCCAUUAUUUGUGGUUUAGCACUUCAUGGGAAUGUCUGGGAUGCUAUAUCCUAUUUCUCAGAAAUGAUCCGUAGUGGCUUAAGACCUGAUGAGAUCACUUUUCUUGGUGUCUUAUCAGCUUGUUGUCAUGGAGGUUUAGUUGAAGAAGGCCGAAAAUACUUUUCCCAAAUGAGCUUUAACUUUAAUAUAACUCCUCAGCUUAAACACUACUCGUGCAUGGUGGAUCUUUUAGGAAGGGCUGGUCAUUUGGAGGAAGCAGAAGAGCUUAUUAGAAAUAUGACAAUAGCAGCAGAUGUUGCUGUGUGGGGUGCUUUAUUCUUUGCAUGUCGUGUUCAUGGUAAUGUUUUAAUAGGAGAGAGGGCAGCUUUGAAACUUCUUGAGAUGGAUCCUCAAGAUAGUGGUAUUUAUGUUUUGCUUGAUACUAUGUACAGUGAGGCAAAAAUGUGGAAGGAGGCAAGGAACGCAAGAAAUAUAAUGAAGAAGAGAGGAGUAGAAAAGAUUCCUGGUUGCAGCUCAAUUGAAAUCAAUGGCAUUGUGCACGAGUUUGUGGCAAAGGAUGUGUUACAUCCACAGAUCAUGCUCCAUUGUGAAAUUCGGAUGUGA